AGCCAGCAGUAUCAAGAGAUUAACCAUAGUGACAACGUGGAGAAUUAAAUUUAUAAGACUUAUUAAUCCGUUAUUAUAACAAAAGUUUAACAGUUUAUUGCACAAUAAAUUAAUAAUACAAUUAAAAAUGGAUGAAAUUGAGCUCGAUGAAUUUCCUUGCACGGAAGAUGAAUGUACAGCAUGCACCGCACCAAGAUCGUCAUUAUGUUGGCAGUGUGAAAGUAAUGUGAAUAAAACAUAUCUCAUAUCCCCAUGUGACUGUGCAAAUGUAUACAUACACGAUUAUUGUCUGGAGGCAAUAGCAAAUAUAAGCGACAUACUUUUUUGCCCAUUUUGUAGUACUUUCUAUCCAUUAGAAAUACGGUCCAAAUCAUUAUUAAAGAUGCUUUGGAAAGUUUGUAUUUCUCUUUUUAUAAUAUCAUUCUUUGUAUGUAUAAAUUGCAUAACGGGACUAAUCAUUUAUUUAACAUUAUCAAUUGAUGUUCAGAAUCAGAUAACCUUUAUCGCACAAAUCAUUGUCCUAGGCUUAUUUUUUUGGUUUAUUUGUAUGGCAAUGCGUCAAAUAGUUGACUCGAGUAUGAGUAUAUAUGAAUAUUAUCAUCAAUGGUACAAAAGCACUAAUGAAUGGAGAUUGAUAAGACCAUCUACUGAUAACAAUAUUGAAGAGUACAAUAUUGAAGAAUGACUAAAAAUUAAUUUUCUAAUAUAUUUAUAAGAAUUGAUCUAGUAUAUUUAUAAGAAUUGAUAAGUUAUAAUGCG